UCCGCUUUCCACGCACGGAUAACAACACUGAGAGCCUACUCUGGAUAGAAAAGAGGAGAGAGUGGAGGAAGAGAGGAGGAAAAAAGAAGAGCGAGAGAAGAGGAGGAAAAAGUGAGAGGAGGGGAAACACGGAGAAAAGACGCACAAGUGUUUUCCCAACUGGAAAGAGAGAGAAGAAAGUGUGUGAGUGUGUGUGAGAGGAAGAGACAGGAGGAGAGAGUGUGUGUGCGCCUUCACCACUCUCCACUUCUUCCACCACCACCACCUCCAUGUCACUCCCCGGCUCACCUCCGCUCCUCACGCCGGGUUCGGGCACCCCAACACCGGUCGCGCUCUACCGCUCGGCCCCGGACGCGCUCCACGCCACCUCCGUCGCCUCCACCGGCACCUCCAGCCCGCACACCAACUCCAACUCCCACUCUCACUCCCACUCCCUGUCCCCGUCCCCGCGGCUCACCAGCAGCAUGCUCAGCGCUUUCCUGCCCGGACCCGGGGGCGCGUUGGUCGGCUUGGGCAACGGCGGCGCCGCCCCGCUCGUGUCCGGAGGCGGUGCUGCUGCCCUCGGUCCCCUCGGCGGGCUCGGCUCGCUGAGCACGGCCGGCCUGACCCCCGGCUCCCCGGGCUUGGCGCAGACCUCGUCCAGCCCGGGUCUGUGCAGCGAGUGCAAGCUGGUGGAGGUGCACGGCGUGAAGGUGGCCAGCUUCAACGUGGACGGCCAGGAGCUCAUCUGCCUGCCGCAGGUGUUCGACCUCUUCCUGAAGCACCUGGUGGGCGGGCUGCACACCGUCUACACCAAGCUGAAGAGACUGGACAUCACGCCGGUCGUGUGCACCGUGGAGCAGGUGCGCGUCCUGCGGGGGCUCGGCGCCAUCCAGCCCGGCGUGAACCGCUGCAAGCUCAUCUCCAGGAAGGACUUCGAGACGCUGUACCAGGACUGCACCAGCGCCAGCUCUCGCCCGGGCCGUCCUCCGAAGCGUUGUUCUGGUGCAGGGAUCCAGGAAAGCCCCAGGCUGCUGCACCCGGGCCUCCCCGGCCUGCUGUCCCCCAACCUGCUGUCACACACCGGUCUGACAGCGGCGGCCAUGGCCGAGCUCCAGAAGCUUCAAAAGAUGAAGAUGAUGAUGAGUCUCCAGAACGGCAACGAGUCGGACAACGACGACUUACACUCCAACACAGGAGGGAGUGAGUGUUCUUGGGAUAAGGAGCGUCUUACCAGCCCCCCUGCUGGAGCCCACAGCGGAGGACCGGGAGGAGGAGGAGGGGGAGGAGGGGGAGGCGGAGGAGCACCAGCAGGAGGUGCAGGAGGAGGAGGAGGAGGAGGAGGAGGAGCAGCAGCAGCAGGUGGAGGUAGCGGGAGGGGGCCGACCAUAGGAGCGGUCAGUCAACAGCAACUCCAACAGCAGCAGCAGCUACUGGCCAACAGGUUGGACCUGCCCUUCAUGAUGAUGCCCCACCCCCUGCUCCCCAUGGGGCUGCCACCUGCGUCAGUCGCCAUGGCGAUGUCGCAGAUGAACCACCUCAGCACCAUCGCCAACAUGGCCGCCGCAGCCCAGCAGAUACACACUCACGUACACCGCGCGCCCGUCAUCAAGGAGAGAGUGUGUGACAGUCCCUCCCUCUCUCCGUCUGUCGAUGAGACCAACACUCCUCUGCAGUCGCAGCCCAGCAGCUCGGCCUCCAGCUCGCCCGAAAGACUGGGAUUAGUGUCAGUUGAUGCAGAUGUUGCGCUGACCAACCCUGCUGCACCCAUCAAGAAAAUAACAAAGGACAAAGAAGAGUCUUCGCUGGGACAGGCCCUGCCCCCCGGCUUCCCUGCUCCGUUCCUAUUCGCUGAUGGUCUGUCGUCAGUGGAGACCCUGCUCACCAACAUACAGGGCCUGUUGAAGGUGGCGGUGGAGAACGCCCGGGCGCAGGACAAACAGAUCCAGGCGGAGAAGAGGGAGCUGAAGAUGGAGCUCUACAGAGAAAGGGAGAUGAGGGAGAGUCUGGAACGACAGCUCACCUCCGAACUGCAGAGCAGAGCCUCCAUCCAGAAGCGCCUGAAGAAGGAGAAGAAGGCGAAGAGGAAGCUGCAGGAGGCGCUGGAGUUCGAGUCGAAGAGGAGGGAGAGAGUGGAGGACGCUCUGAAACACUCGUCCUCGUCCUCCCCCUCUCCUGAGCCGCUGCACGCCGCCAACAACAACACCAAGAACGACGCUGCUGUAGCCGAGGAUAAACCUGAACUUAAUGGAAACCAGCAAGACAACGGCGCUGUACAAGAAUCCCGGCCGUUUCUGAAGACCCCCAUGAUGUUUUAGAGCGACGGACUCCGCCUCCAGAAACCCCGCCCUGCCCCUCCCCCUCUCACCUGCCCCCUUCAAACCCCCUCCUGCACAGAAGAACUCCACCAGCCCGUUUCCACAGCAACCACGGCUUCCGCGGCAGCCUGGAUCACCACGGCAACGACCUCCCCAGGCGGGAUUCUAUCUUUGCUACAAUGCGACGUUUUUGACGUUGCUAAGAAACAAUGAGACUACUAAGAGACACGCCCCUUAUCUGGACUUAUUUUGGGGUCGUCUCUCUACCUUUUUCCUUCUCUUUCUUCUUUUUAGACAAACUUCACUCCAUUCAUUCCUCUUUUUCUCUCCCUGCACGGGGACUUCUCUCAUCCCUUGUUUGAAUUUUUGAAAACUGAAAAGUAAAAAAAAACAUUCCCGUGGAAAAAGGCAAAGACAAACAGUAACCACAAAGCAAACGGACUGGACUGAUCAACGCACUCUCAGAUUUGGACGAACAUCAUCCACAAAUCAACUUGGUCGGACACUGUAUUGGAAAGUAAACACCUGAGAUCAAUUUGAUUGGACGAUUGCGACUUUUUAAAAGGUCCAUGAUGUGAUUUGCGGGACCAAACAAGUCUGUUUCUGAUUGGUGCUGACGAGACAAGAAGGCUUCACGAAAAGACUUAACAUUGUUUUUUCUGUUUCUUAAAAAAACAACAACAAAAGUUUCAAACCCCCCCUUUGGAUUUCAGCCAUUCCCACUGGCUGGCUGUCAACACCCUCUGAUUGGACGGUAAUCAGCUAAUCGGAGGCGCUCAGGACGAAGGCGCACGAGGGGUUUAAAAAGAAAAAAAUUGUGUAAAAAAUAUUUGGAAGGAAAAAACAGAGGAAAACAACUUGGGAGGCUAUUUCUGUCUCUCAUGUGUCAUUCAUUUUUGUUUUCCGUACAGGGACUGAAAAGAAUGCAUGGGAAAACUUUUCUUAUGUUGUCAUUUGGCUUAUUUUAUCCUCCGUACACUCCUUACUUCCAACUCUCGUGAUCAUUUCCCCCCCUCUUAUUCCUCACCCUCUUUUCUGUCUCUUUUCUAUGAAUCUCCCUCUCCUUUUUCUUGCUUCUUCUACAUAUUUUUCCCUUUAUUCUCUCUCUCUCUCUCUCUUUAAGGAGGCAUUACUCUGAAAAUGUUGGAUGCAGCUUUUCAAUGUAUGAAGUAUUUUCUAUCACCCUUAACUUGUGAAAUCAGUUUCUCAAAUGAUGCAAAAGUUCAAAAAAACAAACCCUUUUUUAUUACAAUGGAGUGAUUUUUAGACACAAUAUUAUAUCCUAAAGGUACGUUGAAUUCUCUUCCUCAACAUUCAACCUUUCACCUUUUGACCCCUGUUCCCCCGUAACCAGGACGUAGUUGUCGAGUUUCUGGUGUAUGUCAAAUUAAAGGUAAGGAGCACUUAAUUUGUUUGAACUGAGGUUUUUUGUUUUUUUUUUAAACUACCCCAAUGAAAGACUUUUCGGGACUUUUCCAUAAUUAAAUUUUGUUUCUUUUUGGCUGGAUUCAAGAACAUAUCCCUGAUCAUCAGUCUUGAAGGUGAAGAAAAGAAGCGCUCCUCAGCUACAAAAUGAAAACACCAGAAACUUUUUAUUUCCCAGAUUUUCUGACCUACUAAGAGUGCAGACUGUUGUGUUGCAGUUUUGUUUUUUUCACUGUGUGUUUUUUGUUUGUUUAUUUGUUGAUUACUAUUUGAAAUGUGUACGGGAGGAAAGAGGGAGGGUGGGGCCAGGGUGGGUGGGGAGGGGUUUGGGGUUAAAGGGAUAUUCCGUGUAGAUAGAAACAACAUUCGGCGUUUUCUUGUUUUUGUUUUUUUUGUUUUCUCCUGAUGAUCUCUAAAGUCUGUCACUGUUCUCUGGGUUUGAGCUGACUGCAAAUAUACAGUAUUAUAAUGACUGGUGUCUCGUGGU